CUCCUCACGACUGCUUUAUAUACCGCUGUGAUACCCCCCUCUCCUCCCCCCUCCUCCUCCUUUCCAUUCAACCUCAUCCUCCCCCUCCACCCACAAUGUCCGUCCAGACCGUCUCUCUCACCCCCUUCACCGACCAGAAGCCUGGCACCUCUGGCCUCCGCAAGAAGGUCAAGGUCUUCCAGCAGCCCCACUACUCCGAGUCCUUCGUCACCAGCAUCCUCCUCUCCAUCCCCGAGGGCGCUCAGGACGCCUUCCUCGUCAUCGGUGGUGAUGGCCGCUACUACAACACCGAGGUGAUCUCCAAGAUCGCCAAGAUCGGCGCCGCCUACGGUGUCAAGAAGCUGCUGGUCGGCCAGAAUGGCAUCCUCAGCACCCCCGCCGCCAGCAACCUCAUCCGCAUCCGCAAGGCCACCGGUGGUAUCCUGCUGACUGCCAGUCACAACCCGGGUGGUCCCGACAAUGACUUCGGCAUCAAGUACAACCUGGCCAACGGCGCCCCCGCCCCCGAGUCCGUCACCAACAAGAUCUUCGAAGCCUCCAAGUCCCUCACCUCCUACAACUACGUCGACAUCCCCGACGUCGACACCACCACCAUUGGCACCAAGACCUACGGCCCCAUCGAGGUCGAGGUUGUCCACUCCACCACCGACUACGUGACCAUGCUGAAGGAGAUCUUCGACUUCGACCUGAUCCGCGACUUCCUCAACACCCACAAGGACUUCAAGGUGCUGUUCGACGGCAUGCACGGUGUCACGGGCCCCUACGGCGUGGACAUCUUCGUCAACGAGCUGGGCCUGCCCAGCAGCAGCACCAUGAACUGCGAGCCCAAGCCCGACUUCGGCGGCGGCCACCCGGACCCCAACCUCGUGUACGCGCACGAGCUGGUUGAGGCCGUCGACAAGAACGGCAUCCACUUCGGCGCGGCCAGCGACGGGGACGGUGACCGCAACAUGAUCUACGGCGCCAACACCUUCGUGUCGCCCGGUGACAGUCUGGCGAUCAUCGCCCACCACGCCAAGCUGAUCCCCUACUUCCAGAAGCAGGGCGUCUACGGCCUGGCCCGCUCCAUGCCCACGUCGGGCGCCGUCGACCGCGUCGCCGCGGCCCAGGGCCUGCAGAGCUACGAGGUGCCCACGGGCUGGAAGUUCUUCUGCAACCUGUUCGACAACCAGAAGAUCUCGAUCUGCGGUGAGGAGAGCUUCGGCACGGGCAGCAACCACAUCCGCGAGAAGGACGGCCUGUGGGCCGUGGUGGCGUGGCUGAACGUCAUCGCGGGCGUCGCCAAGCAGAAGCCCAGCGAGACGCCCAGCAUCGCGUCCAUCCAGAACGAGUUCUGGCAGACCUACGGCCGCACGUUCUUCACGCGCUACGACUACGAGAACGUCGACAGCGACGGCGCCAACAAGGUCAUCGCCACCCUGUCCGAGCAGGUCGACAAGAAGGACUCCUUCGUCGGCUCCACCGUCUCCGGCCGCAAGGUCGUCGACGUCGGCAACUUCGCCUACACUGACCUCGACGGCAGCGUCACCAAGAACCAGGGCCUGUACGUCAAGUUCGACGACGGCAGCCGCAUCGUCGCCCGUCUGUCCGGUACCGGCAGCAGCGGCGCCACCAUCCGUCUGUACAUCGAGAAGUACGAGAGCGAUGCCAGCAAGUUCGCCCUCUCCUCCGACGAGUACCUCAAGGACAAUGUUGCCCUGGCCAUGUCCCUCCUCAAGUUCAAGGAGUACAUUGGCCGUGAGGAGCCGGAUGUCCGCACGUAAAUGAGAAUAUCGAACCCGCAUGAACAUAGUAGCUGUACCGAGUGCAGUGCAUACAUAUAUCAUUCCUGAAAAUGCAUCUAAUCAUUCCCUUAUU